AUGUACGGCAACGCCAAGCAGCCGCUGAUAAAGCACGAGGACUAUGAGCUUCACGGUACGCCCGUCACGGGCGCCAAUGACGCGAACGCCGCCAUCUAUUCCCAAGAAGGCCGACCGACCCCUCAAGAGGGAUACGUUGACCCACGCGGGCCAGCGCUGCCACCAAUGAACGUCUCGGACGCCGUCGGUCUUGGAGGGCCUCACGACAACCUCAUCUCUGUACAUGGCUACAUGCACAAACAAGGCAAGCGCACGAUUAAGGGCCCGAUCCACAAGAGCUGGAAACGCCGCUACUUUGCACUGGAGAAGGCCAAGAUCUACUACUUCCACUCGCACUUGGACUGCCGUCAGUACUUUACGACACGAAACGCUGACCUCGUCGUGGGUGCAAUUGAGCUCAAGGACGCGCUGCAAUUGCGUCCCUGCGCUCGAUUGGAUCUUCCGCACAAGGGCUUUGAGGUGCACACAAAGCGCCGCGUUUGGGUGCUUUGCCCUGAAACGGACGACGAGUACCGCAUGUGGUUCCAAGGCGUCGAGCGCGCCAUUGUGGCCAAUGGGGCCGGGAACAUCAUUGAACGGAAGCUUCCGAACGUCCGCAAGUAUCUGAUGAAAGGGAACCAGACGUACCACUUUUUCUACUUCUUGUUCCUCAUAGCAGGCAUUGUGGAGUUACUGGCUAUCGUGUUUUGGUUCGUCAUUGGCCUGGAGCCUUGCGACGCGUCGCGUAUGGAAGUCGAUUGUGCGACGAUCACAACGACGUCUCUGCUUGAGUUGAGGUGCUCGGACAAACCCUUUAGUGGAUGGUUUACGCCGCCCAAGUGGUAUCUACAAGUGGCUGACGUGGAGAACGUGAUCUGCUUCCAUGAUCCGCCGAUCAUGCAGUGGAUCUCGUACUUUGCCAUGUUGUUUGCCGAGACGCUGACGUUCGCUCUGGGUGUUCUCUACUACUUGGGUAUGUGGAAACCUGUGCGUCGUGGCGCACAUUACUUUGACGAGUUUGAGCCGCCAGUCCCGGAUGAGCUUUGGCCCAAGGUAGAUGUUCUCCUAUGUCACUACUCUGAACCGGCUGAAGAGACGAUCGACACGCUGAUGGCAUGCAUGAAUCUGCAGUACCCGCCGCAUCUGCUGCAGGUCUGGGUUCUAGACGAUGGCUACUGCAAAUCCAAGUGGACGAAGACCAAUGCAGUUCCCACGGUGGAGCUGAACAAGGGUGUGCUGGAAACCGCUGGUGAUCUACGCCAAGAGGUGGCACAGUUUAUGUACGAUCGAGUGUGCGACCCCAAUGAAGACAUGGAGGUGUAUGCGUGGCGUAAGCUGCAUUCGUCUGCGAACUUACCAUCGCCGUCGCGCCCCAAGGUCGUGAACCGCAUUGAUUGUGCUGCUGGAUCAUUCCGUGACGACUACCGCUACCCUGGUCUACCGCACGUGACAUUUGUCGGGCGUGUGAAACCAGAAACGCACUACUCCAAGGCUGGCAACAUCAACAACUGCCUGUACAAUGAAGGCGCCAACGGCCGCUAUCUGAUCAUCCUCGAUACGGACAUGCAGCCGCACCCGAAGUUUGUCCUGGCAACGCUGCCGUUCUUCUUCGACGAUGAGGAUCGUCAAGACAAGGCCAAGUACAUUUGCUGUGGCAUCGGGUGUAAUUCGGUAGCGAAGCUGUGCUGUGCUUCGUGCCAGAUUGCUGGUGUGCCGGAGGAACAGAUCAGUUAUUGUUCCAAAGACUGUUUCGAGAACGCGAUGCACGUGCAAAGUGCGGUUCACCGUCGCCAGGUGAACGGCACAAUGAGCGACACAAGCGCGAGCAAGACCGACAUGCGGUGCAUGAAUUGUGACGUGAAGCUCGGCAAGAGCGGCAUUUGUCGCAAGUGCAAUCCAGGCAACAAGGAAAACGACGGUGAGGGUGUAUCGUCUCUUCACACUUACUCGGACAACGUGCGUGACAACGCCGUCGCGUUUGUCCAGACACCUCAGUACUUUCGUGACUGCAUCCAACUCCAGAUUGGUGAUCCAAUGGGUCACCGUAAUGCCACGUUUUACGACGCGAUUCAGACCGGUCAAGACGGUUACGACUGCGCGUCUUUUGCUGGCACGAACGCCAUGUUCCGUCGCGAAGCAUUGGACUCUAUUGGCGGCAUUCAAUAUGGUAGUCUGACGGAGGAUUGCUACACGGGCCAAGUAUUGUGCGGGAUGGGUUGGAAGGCGCAGUACUUCCGAAAGGACUUCGAAGGAGAGCUGACCGAGCGCAUUCGUCUAGCGGAAGGUUUGAUCCCAGACUCAGUUGCCGGCUCACUGGCUCAACGCAAGCGUUGGGCAAAGGGCAAUUUCCAAAUCGUGUUGAUGAACAAGAAGACGCAGUACUUUGAUCCGGAAUGGAAGAUGCCGGAAGUGCAGGUGCCAUCUUACCACAAAUCGAACAAGUUUAUGCGCCGCGUGUUCUACUACAACUCGACGCUCUACCCGCUCGGCUCGAUCACGGCUAUCCUGUUCUACUACAUCACGAUUUACUUCCUGUUCUCUGGCUACGCACCGAUUUACAUUGCUGGCGUUCGUCUCGUGUACGCCUUGGUGCCGAAGCUAUUUGUGCAGGGUGUGCUGUCGGCGCUGAGCAACCGUACAGUCGAGAACAGCGAUGUGAUCCGGUCUCAAGAAGUGUGGUUCGCCUACGCGUUUACAAAUUGCACCGCCGUGCUGGAGGCAUUCUGGUGGAAAAUUACGGGCAAGGAGCCCAAGUGGUUUAACACCGGUGGUGCGAGCCGCGGGUCGACAGCCGAGCUUCCGAACGUGAUCGUCUUUUUUGGAACCGUCGUGGGUUUGCUGUGGUCUGUGGUGCGGUUUCUGGCUGGCUACAACAGCAUCCAGACAUCGCACGGCGCGUCGCUGCUCUUCGCAAGCCUGAUGAUGGGUCUGUUUAUUGCUGUCAAGCUGGCGCCGAGCGUGCGCAUGAGCAUCCAAGAGUACUUUGGCUGGAGUUACGAGAGUUUGAUGGACCAGGGUAACGUCGUGGGCUCUAUUUCCAUUGCGUUCGGACUCGUCUUCAUCACGCUGUGGGUAUGGAUCGAGCAGCCGACGUCUAACCCGUUCUAG